AUAUAACUUUUAUUUGCAGCACCACAAUGGUUGUCUUCCUGUGAGAAUAAGAGCAGUUCCAGAGGGAUCUGUUGUGCCUUACAAAAAUGUGCUUUUUACUGUGGAAAACACAGACCCCAAAUGCUUCUGGCUGACAAAUUAUCUAGAGACACUCCUUGUACAAGUAUGGUAUCCUAUGACUGUUGCUACAAAUUCAAGAUACCAAAAAGAAACAAUUGCAAGCUAUUUACAUGAAACAGCUGACAAUCUGGAUUCUCUUCCAUUUAAACUCCAUGACUUUGGGUUCCGUGGGUCAACGUCAGUUGAGUCUGCAGGAAUUGGUGGUGCUGCUCAUCUUGUUAAUUUCAAAGGAACAGACACAAUAGCUGCUCUCUGUGUUGCAAGGAAAUAUUAUGCUUGCCAAAUAGCAGGUUUUUCUGUUCCUGCCGCAGAACACAGCACUAUUACUACUUGGGGCAAAGAAGGUGAAAAAGAAGCAUUUCAUAAUAUGUUGAAGAAUUUUCCUUCUGGAAUAGUUUCCAUAGUAAGUGACAGCUACGACAUAUGGAAUGCCUGUGAAAAUGUUUGGGGACAACAGUUGAAAGAUUUAGUAGAAAAAAGGGAAGGAACUCUGGUCAUAAGGCCAGAUUCUGGUGAACCAUCAGAAGUUGUUGUCAAGGUAUUAAACAUUCUUGGUAACAAAUUUGGUACUAUCACAAAUUCCAAAGGAUACAAGUUGUUACCGCCAUACUUGAGGAUCAUUCAAGGAGAUGGAAUAAGUUAUGAAUCAUUAUCUGGCAUCUUGAAACAUAUGAAAAACCAGGGUUGGAGUGCUGACAAUGUGGUGUUUGGUAGUGGUGGAGCCCUUCUACAGAAGAUGGACCGCGAUACACAGAAAUGUGCUUUUAAAUGCAGUUAUGCGCUCAUUAAUGGAAAAGAGGUCAAUGUGUAUAAACAACCAAUAACAGAUCCAGGCAAGAAGAGCAAAAAAGGACGUCUUACUUUAGAGUAUAGUGAUGGCCAAUAUAGAACUGUAGAAGAAGGAAAAGGUGACUCUAAAAAGGUUCGUUUUCUUUUGAAAAUUAUGGGAGUUGAAACAAGUACAUGUACUCAUAAAAUUUUGAAAAAGCUCACAAAAUAUUCGAUAUCUCCCAUAGUGGUUACAGUUAAGUCAAUUUAUGCAACAGAUUUUUUGUAAUAAUGAUUACAAUUA